AUGGAUGGGCGCUAUGGGGCACCCUCACGUCAUGGCUGGGCCAUCCAGCGUGAAGCUGAAGCUCUGCAGAUGGUGUGGCUGCAGGAGCACAGCAGUUUGGAUGCCUUUGCAGCAGAGAUCCAACGGCAGUUGGAUACAACGAGGACUGGAGCCUCGACAUCGUUGUCUUGGCGGCCGUUAGCCGGCGCUGGGAGGCCUGAGCUUGGCGCUGUGGUACACCGUUCCAGUAAGUUGGAGGGAGGAAUGGGUAUGGAGGCUUGCUUUAGCUUCUGUCCGCGGAUUGCAGCAGAUUUGCAAGAAGGUGCCCCAUCCACCAGCUGGAUCUUGAAGUUGACUGUCCAGGGUGAUGAGACGCCGGAGCUUUUCGCCAGCUUUGCAGUGCUGUACGAAGUCAGAGGCUGGCGCGUCCAAGUGCCCUGCCAACAUGAGGUGAAGCGCCGAGGCCAUGGAGAGGUGGAAUUCCACUGCUGGGGCACCUGGGACGAGGUUCUUACGGAGGCGAUGGCCUGCGAGGAUGGAGUGCUGCUACACUCGGUCACAUGUCAUGUCGAGAUCUUUCGGGUCACCAUCCCAACAUGCAAGCCGAUCACCAUCGGCAGCUCUGAGCGAAAUGAUGGCAGCCAAUGCCAACACAUCGCUCAAAUGGAGACUGCUAUGGAGUUCGAUGCGUGGAAACUGCUGUCCGAUACCAAGCAGGAAGACGAUGAGAGCUUUGUCGAAGAAAACUCAGAGGAUUUGCAGAGGGCCCAGGACGAAGACGAUGAGAGCUUUGUCGAAGAAAACUCAGAGGAUUUGCAGAGGGCCCAGGACGAAGACGAUGAGAGCUUUGUCGAAGAAAACUCAGAGGAUUUGCAGAGGGCCCAGGACGAAGACGAUGAGAUUUUUUUCGAAGAAGACUCAGACUUGGAACCUCCAAAGAAGAGGGCCAGGCCAACUCAGAAAGUGACAGGAGGUGACGAUGGGCCUCGCCCGCCUCGCCUGCCGCCACGCCCUUCGUGCCGGCCGCUCUUGCCGCCGCUGCGGAUCGCGCAGAUAAGGGCCGCAUCAGAGCCCCGGCCCAGUCGGCGGCCUAGUGAUAUCCCUGUGAAGCGCUCGAGAGAGGCUUUCGAAGGGAAGAUUGUGAACAGCCUUGGCAAGGAUGCGACAAUGCCUGAUCUGUGGGCCGUUCAGAGCCACAUCAAAGAAUUGCCUGAUACGCUCAGACUUUUCCCGCCGUGUGUCUCGUACUGCUAUCAGUGGAUGCUGCGAACUGGCCGAAGGUGUGGCCUUAAAUGCAAGUAUUUGCACGCGAAGUUGCCAAGGGGGUCAGCUGCAAAGAGCAUAGCCACCGAGAGUUUGGGCCAAUUUUCAAUCGAUGAUGGCUUCAAAAAGGUUUCAAACUUCAUCCUGCGUGAUUUGACGAAGGACUUGGCGGAGCAACGAUGUUUCAUCCUGGACGGUGAAAGUGGGGCCACCAUCAACACCUUGAAACGGUCCGCUGACUUUGUGUUGGCUCCGAAUGUGGAUGCUGCUGCAACCAAGGCUCUGCAGGCCAAGUGUGUAACGGCCAGCUCCACGUCUUUCACAGCACUGGUCGUGGCGAGUUGCGCGAAGGUUCAGUUUGGAUGCGUCUACCUGGACUACAUGUGGCCUUCCGAUUAUUUCGAAAGUACCCAGCUGGAGCUGACCAAAUAUUUAGCCAAGAAUGACGAGAAUCGCAAUGGCAGAAAUGGCGGACCUUCAGACCGUUUUUCAGCCUGCAAAGAAUAUGCCGACGCGUCUCUGACGGACGGCAUUCAUGAUGUGGAACUCUUGGUUCUAGAUGCAGGACACUGCCUCUUAAGCUCCACAGGUGCUGUGCUGGCUGUGACCAUCGUCCAUUCUAAGAAGUCCACUGAAGCGAAGCAGCGCGCGCGAUUGGAGAAGGUGUUGGUCAAGGGGGCUGAGCUGCACAAGGCAUCUUUGCACUUCUUGGGAUACACUAAGCCCAGUGGGCGACCGGUUGCGACCUAUUUCUAUGCCUGGAACACGAAGGUCACGAAGGGCUUCUCUCCCAACUUGUCGAAAAAACACCAGAAGUUGGCCUUCUUCAAAAAGAGUCGCAAGCUGCAUACAGCCAAAGGUGGUGCCUAGAUUCCAGCGAUGUCCGGGAUCUGCGUGAUCACGGGCAGCGAAUUCAGCGGACAGGACGCAGCUUGGCCAUCCGGUCAUGGCAGUCAUGGCUGGUUCCUGGCCCAACGGAUGCUGUGAACGCUGCAAAUGGCGCCAAAA